UCCUCUUGGCUGCAUUCCUCUCUAUGCGCCCUGGAGACUAGAAGCAGGCAAAGAGAUGCUUUCUACAGGGACUGGAUGCAUCUCUUCAGAUUAUCCCACCUUCACUGCAAUUCGUCCAUCGCAUCCAAGGGCAACGGAGAAGGGAGCAGCCUCUCCACUCAACAUUUCCAUGGGAUUGUAAUCCUCUUGACUCCUGACUUUGUCCGGUGCUGGGUUCCAUCCAGGCAGGAUCUGCACAGCCACCGGCAUUGCUUCGAUGCAGGCGUGGGGAUUUCUCUCGCCUCUGCGGAGUUGCAUGCAUGCUCCAAAUGCCUGCAGGACAGAAAACUCCUGAGGCUUGCCAUGGGAUCCUUUGGCUGGCAGAGAAGAUCCCUCCUUUAAGAUGGGUAAUAAGCAGACAAUUUUUACAGAUGAACAGUUAGAUGCCUAUCAGGAUUGCACCUUCUUCACCCGAAAGGAGGUCCUUCGGUUGCACGGGCGCUAUCACGAACUGGCCCCCAACAUGGUCCCCAUGGACUACACCAAGAAUCCCAACGUUAAACUACCCAUACAGCUCAUCAUAAACAUGCCAGAGCUAAAGGAAAACCCUUUCCGGGAGAGGAUUGUCCACGCCUUUUCUGAGGAUGCUGAGGGAAGCCUCAGCUUCAAUGACUUUGUGGACAUGUUCUCGGUACUCAGCGAAACAGCUCCCCGAGAGCUCAAAGCAAUCUAUGCCUUUAAGGUCUAUGAUUUUAACACAGACAACUUUAUCUGUAAAUCUGACCUGGAACAAACCCUCAACAAGUUGACAAAAGAGGAACUGACGGAGGAAGAAGUCAGCUUGGUGUGUGAAAAAGUCAUUGAAGAGGCAGACAUGGAUGGCGACGGGAAACUAGGGUUUUCAGAUUUCGAAAACAUGAUCUCAAAAGCACCAGAUUUUCUCAGCACUUUCCAUAUACGAAUCUGAAGACCACCGGUUGCUGGAAAUACCCCCUGUCUGCCUCUCAGAGUCUCAGGCGUUUGUCAUCCUCCUCUGAAUUCUGCCACAAAAGGACUGCAACAGUCUCGGACCACCGAAGUCCCAGUGCAGAAAGAGUACAGCCGGUUUGCAAAAUCUUGGAAGCACCUCCAUCACUUGCAUAGUUGUUUGUUUUUUUAAAAAAUCAGGACCGUUGUUCAGCAACAUCAUGCACAAUACAUUAUUAUUAUCUCAACAAGAUCAACGCAAAGUUAGGCAGGACGUUAUUCAGCCUCUCACUUUGUAAUUUUUGUAUUUGUAAAGAUUUGAUAACCUUGCCCCUCCAAGCAAAAAAAACACACCAGAAAACAAAACAAAACAACAACAACAACAAAAACAAAAGCAGUGGGGAAAAAAAUAUUAUGCUGACUUUUUCAGACAUAGAUCGAUCGAAAUGACAAAACACAGGCCUUAAAAGCAGGCUUUUCUGUGACUGUGCAGAGCCACUGAAGCUGAUCCAGGAAGCAGACACUGGCGGAUAGCUCAAAUCACGGUGUAAAAGACGACACGUACACCAAUUGUGCCAUUAGGCUGGCUUAAGCGCUGAAGCAGCCGGUGUUGUACGGAAGUGCGUAAUCCUCAUCAAACUUGAAACAUUUUCCCUGAAGAGGGAAUCUUUGCAUUAGCCAUUCAUCUCUUCUCUAAACAAACUUUUUCAAAUCGUCUUUUUCAGCACCUGAGGAGGGUCAUCAUCAUCAUCAUCAUCAUCAACAACAACAUUUCAAAGUGGAAUUCUCCUAACAGAUUGCAAAAAAAGAAAACAAAGCAAAAACACACAAGCAAAUGAACAAAACCCACAUGGGGGAUAUAUUCCUGGGAAAACAUUAUUCUGAUAGGCUGGGGAAAAAAACACAGAAAAGCAGAAGAAGAAUAAAAACCACCGCCACCACCAAAAGACCAACUUGUGAAAACAUACCCAUGAAGAAAAUUCGAGAAGUACAUCACCAAGAACAGGGAUACUUCCUUGCUUCUAUAAGAGAGCCAGCUAUGCAACCGUCAUUGUGAAAAGCAUGACAGA